GUGAAAGUCGAAGGACGCACGCCAGUCUGCCUCCGACGCCCGAAUAGCGUGGUCGUGUCGCGUCCGGUUAAGUGAACGCGCGUUCGAAAACUUAACGUCUAUCACUCAAGUUCUGAUUUAAGUUACAAGGUCACUUAAAUACAGCGACUGUGUUCCUCGACUCAUUGCAAUGUGAAGUUAUUUCGAAAAAUAAUCCAAAAUAAUUUGUGUGUGUGUGAUGUGACAAUGGUGGACUAAUAGUGCUGCGAUUUUGUGGGAUUUCUUACUAUUGAUUUCUCCCUGUGUCAUGGUGUAGUAAAUUAGCAAGUAUGGAGAGUCGCGUGGGUCUGGACUACAUAGUAGAGCACGCAGAGUACGCCGGCAAGCUAGCGGCCGCGCUCACCUCUCCCACUGCCGCUGUCAAAAAACAGGUGUUCGAGUUACUGUCGGCGCUGUGUGUAUACAACGCGGAUGGCUACGCUCGGGCGGUCGACACGCUUGACAGAUACAAGGCUCUGAAAGGCGACCGCUACCGUCUGACGGUGGUGGUGGAGGAGCUGAAGAGCGCUACCACCAUCGACUACAAGACCGCGCUCGUGGCCUUCAUCAACUGCCUCAUCAUCUCCGCGCCGCGCCUUCCCGACAGGAUACGAGUUAGAAACGAGUUCAUUGGACUUGGACUACUUCCAACACUUAGUAAUCUAAGGCAUGAAGCUGCCAGUCACCCGAACUUGGGCGUCCAACUCGACGUGUUCGAGGAGCAGCGGGAGAGCGACGAGGCGCAGGGCCCGGGGGGCAUCAACCUCAACUCGCAUCUAGACGUGUUCUACGCUAUCUUGAAACAGGUUUCAGACACACCACAAGAAAUCCCAUUCCUGAGCAUUCUCCAGCACUUACUGCGAAUAGACCCCAAAGAGGCGGUCAGCGAUAUCGUGUGGGACACAGCGGAGACACUGGUGCACCGAGCCACACUCCUGGAGACCAGGGAAGAUGCUGCCAAACUCCUCAGAGCACCCAGUGUACAGGCUAAGGUGGGCUGCACGUGUCAGCAUAGAGACCUCUCAGGGUCCAACCGGAAGCAGAGUCUACAACGAGCAUUGUCUCCACCGCCGCCGCCGCCGCCCGCGCCCGCGCCUCCUCCUCCCGCGAUCCCCCCACCAUUACCACCCGCGCCGCCAGCUCCCCCCGCACCCCCCGCACUGCGCGGCGCUCCCCCUCCCCCACCGCUCGGCGCGCCCUCACCCCCGCCGGCGCCCGCGCUCAACAUCAAGCUACCCCAACAAGAGACGCCGCUGCCGAAGACAAAAAUGAAGACCAUCAAUUGGAACAAAAUACCCAGCAAUAAAGUAGUCGGUCAAAACAACAUUUGGUCGAUCGUAGCGUCGAGCCACAAACAUUCGCCGAAGACGGAACUUGACUGGAGCGAGAUCGAAGGACUCUUCUGCCAACAGGUACAGCCACCGGGUUCAGCUGGUUCAUCACCACGUCUUGGUCGAAGUCCAAUUUGUGACAACUCCGGGGAGAGGAAACCGAGGAAGGAGCCGUCUGAGAUCACACUCCUGGAUGGCAAGAGGAGUCUCAACGUCAACAUUUUCUUGAAGCAGUUCCGAAGUUCCAACGACGACAUAAUCCAGCUAAUACGCGAGGGCGCUCACGACGACAUCGGCACUGAGAAGCUGCGAGGGUUGCUCAAGAUCCUGCCCGAGAUGGACGAGUGCGAGAUGCUCAAAGCGUUCAGCGGUGACGUCACCAAGCUGGGCAACGCUGAGAAGUUCCUCAUGCAGCUUAUCCAGCUACCCAACUACAAGUUGAGGAUAGAGUGCAUGCUGCUGAAGGAGGAGUGGGCGUCCACGGCGGGGUACUUGGAGAGUGCCAUCAACGCUAUACUGGUGGCCGGAGACGACCUCACCUCCUCCAGAGCUAUACAGGAAAUCCUAUACAUAGCGCUAAUAGCAGGCAACUUCCUGAACGCGGGCGGGUACGCGGGCGGCGCGGCGGGGGUCAAGCUGUCGUCGCUACAGAAGCUGUCGGACAUCCGCGCCAACAAGCCCGGCAUGAACCUCAUGCACUACGUCGCUAUGCAAGCUGAACGCAAAAACAAAGAACUGAUCCACUUCGCUGACGACAUCCGUGUUUUGGAAGAAGCAUCCAAAGCGAGUGUGGAGCAACUCCACAACGAGAUCAACACGCUGUCGCAGCGAAUCAGCACGCUCAAGCGAGACAUACAGAACACCACGCAUCUCGACAUCAAGGAGCAGAUGUGGGACUUUUUACAGGUUGCUGAAAGAGAAGUAUCGGCUCUAAACAAAGACAUGGAAGAAGUGGAGAGCAUGAGAAAGCAGCUUGCAGACUUCUUUUGUGAAGAUCCCGUUUCAUUCAAACUUGAGGAAUGCUUUAAGAUAUUUGUGACAUUCUGCACCAAGUUCCGAUCAGCAGUUAGCGACAAUGAGAGGCGAAGAGCGCAUGAGGAACAAGCAGCUGCCAGGAGACGAGCUCGUGACCAGGCGGCCAUUAACGUAGCCAAGACUAGGGCAGGUGGUAGUAUGUGCAGUACACCGGUGUCGGAGUGCGAGUCGCUCAUGGAAUCUCUGUUAUUGGAUAUAAGGAAUGGUCUGGGUAGAAGAUCUUUAAGGAAAUCACACGAUCCAUCGCCUUCACCAGACGUGACUCCCACGGGUAGCCUGCGGCGCAGGAGUAGAGCCAGCCCGGGAGACGAUGAGGAUGGCUUGCUGGAGUUCCUGCGACACUCCUCGCCUGCUGCCAACGAGUUGAGAGAGAGGAGUGCUUGGGGGAGCCUGGAUCGCUCGUGGUCGCGUCGUGGUCCGGUGCGCGCGCGGCUCGAGAUCCCCGAUAGAGAGCGAACGGGAGAAAGGGACAGACCCGCCUCCCCGCGCGCCUCGCCACCCUCCCCGCCGUCGCCCGCCGUACCAGACACUACCACCGCUAAACCGAAGGAAUGGCGCCAGAAGAUCGAGUCGUGGCUGCGCGCCAGCAGCGAGGAGGAGCGCCGGCCCCGUCGCGCACCCUCGCUGCACGCCACGCUGCACCGGCGCUCCUUGGAAAACGAUUCCGAGAGCGAGCGCAGUACGACGCUAGACACGCUGGCGGAGGGGCGCGCGGAGUGGCGCCCCGCCGUGCCCACCGACAACGACCUCGUGCGCGCCAUCGAAGCCGUCGAAGAUGUUCAACCGAAACCAAAAGAAAGAUUACCGUGGAGGAAGACGGAGGAAAACGAAGAAAUGCGACGACUAAGGAGACAACGAUCGCGUCCGCAGAUAGAGUCCCCGCAGCCUCUCGUGUCCAUCUGUGAGGAGGAGAAGCGGAAGCUGCCCGACAUCACCGUUACCAGUGCUAAAGACCAAACAGACAGGGCCGACCGAGUUGGCAUAGAUUCCGACAACAUCGAAACACCGCCAGUGCAAAGGAAAAUGUUCAAUCCUCCACCAGAAAGAGAACCCUGUCGAAAAUUCCACCCCUCCCUUUCAAGUUCUAGUCUCACAGAUAAAGCGUCAGCGGAAAUGAAGGAUUUGUGUCAGGAAAUUUUAGGCGACGGACAGUUCGACAGAUUCUCCGCAGCCAGAAGGACGAGACGGUACAAACGAACUCCGGAGUCUAGUUCACCAGAAGAGGAGAAGAAACCGGAGAUUCCAACGGAGCUCGUCGCAGAGACACAAGUUAUCAGACCGUCUAAGCUAGACAUCCAAGCGUCAUAUCCACUUGACACGCCAAAAGAGAUAGCCGUAGCGAAACCAGUGGAAGAAGUGGUCAAAGACGAGAAGGAGGUGCGCUUGAGACGUUGGCAGGACAGACUAAAAAACCAAAGUACCCAAAGCACAGACAAAACGCCAGCCAAAGAUAACAAAUCGGUGCCAUAUUCAAGGAUGAGGCGGCAGACUUCGAUAAAUCAGGAGGACGUCCAGAAAGCCAUCAGAGAAUUGAAGUCACCCACGCAGACACCUACAGGUGUGUGGUCUAGGAGUGCUUACAGAAGAUCUUUGAACGUGAAGGAUAAGCCUGUCACAACCGAAAGGACAACGUCCCCAAGGAUACCAAAAGUCAAGAGCGAGCACGAACUGAAUGACGAAGGUUUCGAAGAGACGCAGAGUCUGAAUUCAGAGAGCGCAUCCCAAGGCGCUUCGUCGGGUUGUAACAUGGAUUGUGAAUCUCCUACGCCGAAGAAAGCCACAGAAAUCCCAAAGAAAAUACCUACCAAAGAGACAAAAACGCCGCCGCGGACACCGUUUGAUCCGAAGCGGCCGUUCGCAAAACGGGCGAGCUCUUUACGAGUCGAGAGGUCUGCUUCCCGGGCGUCUUUACGGAGUUCCAGAAGCUCUUUGAACAGUUCGGCAUCCGUAGCCACUGUAAAAAGAGCUCCCGUCCCAGUGAAGCCAGCUCCGAAACCGAUUCCAAAGCCAAUAUCCAGGAUGCCUGCGUCCAGGUCUUCUUCGAGUGGAAGUUCUGUGGGUGCUGCGAGACCUCCGAUGAAGACGACUACCAAAAGUUCAGGGUUCAUGAGACCCACACAAGCUUCUAAAGGAAGAGGUACAACUCCCCCUACAGGAUUGAAAACUACUGUGAAACAGAAUUGAUUUGGGGUUUUUGUAUGACAAGAUUAUUUAAACAUGUCUACAAUUGGAAAAAUGUUACAUUUGACACGCCAAGGGCGAUAGUAUUAUAAAACACAAAAUAACCAAUUAUAUUGUUAAACAAAAAAAAAUAAUUAUUGGAAUCUUCAGAUAAAAACGGUGCUGAAUCUCAAUGAAUAAAAAUCUGAAGCUUUCAAUGACUGAGUCUAAUCUAAGUCUAACACCUAGAUCUGUCUAGAAUUGAAAUUAUAAUUUAAUUAUAGAAAAAAAAAAUGCGUUAAGAAUUAUUAUUAUUGUCAUAAUAAUUUGGCCCGUACGUAAUUUUUACGAAAAAUUUUUAUCUAUUAAUUUUAUAAUUGAAAAAUUCCAAAUGAUCAAUUUUUUUUAGGUUUACGCUUUUUUAAUGUGCCACGAUUUUGUACGGGUAAUGUAAACAUUUUAUUCUAAGUUCAACAUACCAGUGAUUUUUAAUUUUUAAUUAAUUUUGGAUAUAACUUUCGUUUUAAUAAUUUAAUUUUUGAUAAAUCCAUAAAACUAUUUUCUAAAAAAAAUCCGUCCAAUCACCAUUGCACAAAGUUUUUCUAACUACCCACUUUUACACAUAUGCAUGUGAUUUUUGAUAAAAUGCAAUUUACAAAAUGUUUACACAUUUUCAAUGAAAAUAUUACGAUCUGAUUUUAUACGUAAGCUAUUUUUAAAUAGUUAUCUAGAGAUAUUUUAUCUUCACCAAGUAAACAUAUGUUUUAACACCAAUAUCUUAUUUUACGUGUUUAUAAAUUUUAUUUACUAAAAGGAAAACAAUAAAUUUAUAUUCGUCAAGAGAA